CCGCAUCCCCCGUCAUGUAAUCAGUCGCACUUAAAUUUUUCUACUUGUACUAAACAUUAAACCCCUAAUAGCUGCAUGCAUCUUCUGCAGUUCAGUUCUACUGUUAGUACAGUAUGUAUGGGCUUUGGUUAAAAAAAAUCUGAGAACUCCUCACAGGCUCCUGUUUCAAAUUCCAGUCCUGCUGCUGUACCCUUCAAGGCUUCAGUAAGGUAAAGUAUUUGCCCUGACUUCAUCCCAUCAUUACAGUAAAAACACUCGACUCCAAGAAUAAUGGAGGGUGAUGAAACACUUUGCACUAAGUGCCGUUUCCCAUUUCCAGUAAUGAGUCAUUCAUUGCAGACGUGCUCGUGUAAUUCAGUGAAUCUGUGUGAUUUUGCAUAUAAUUUAUAAUUGACAUGAAAUACUGCAAGUUUGUAAACGCGAACAGACAUCAACGGACUUGCGCGGGGGGGUCGCGCCCGCCCAAUCAAUGUUCAAGCGCAUCAAAUGUGACCCCCCGCAAUAUUUGUAAUAAAUCCAUCGAAUACUAAUUGCUAAUAUAGAAGUUGCCACGCCCCUGACGACGGUAACCGGAGCGUGGGUCGCGAGGACAGACGGAGAAAAGCGGCGCAGCAGAAUCAUGGGUUGAGCGCGAGUCGUCGUCGACUGCGGUGUUCGCGCGCGCAGCACCAGGACGCGCGAUAAUCACUGACCCCAUCCUUAAUGAGAUGGCGAAGAAUAUCGAAGAGGCCAUGAAGAUUCUGGAAAAUGGGCAAAGAGAAGUUGAAGAAAGGCAAAAAUACAUAUUAAAGGACAUUCCAGGACCGUUGCAGGGAUGUGGCCAGGAUGUCAGCAGCAUCCUCCAGCUGAUCCAGAAUCUUAUGUAUGGAGAAGAAAAAGAAGACAGUCAGAGGAUGCACGGUUUAGGGGAGAGGGGUCACGUGACCCUCCUGGGACACAGUCUGGUGGCGUAUAUCUCUGGGCUGCACCGGGAGAGAGUGAGACGGCUAAGCAUUCGUGUUCAGUCAGACACCACCCUCUGGCUUUGCCGAAUUUUCAGGUAUGAGAAUGGCUCAGCCUAUUACCACGAUGAUGAUAGAGAGGGACUUUUGAGAGUGUGUCGCCUUGUCCUUUAUUCCCGCUAUGAGGACUACGCCACCGAGGGCUAUGCCGUGCUUAGCUGCAGGCACCCUGUUAUCUACCAAAGCUCUGCUUGCAGACCGGGGCUGGGGCACUACCUCUGCAGUCAGCUGGGCUUGGCCCUGUCCAGUCUCUGCACCGUACCUAGUAGUACUACGUUCGGAUCCGAACACCAAAUGGAUGUCUCUGUCCUGGACAGACUUAUUAAAGAUGAUGUGAAGUCAGGGAAGGUUCCUUUGCUGUUGAUAGCAAAUGCUGGAACAGCAGGUGCUGGGCAUACUGACAAGCUGGGGAACCUAAGGGAACUGUGUGACCAACAUAACAUGUGGCUUCAUGUUGAGGGGGUUAACUUGGCAACCCUGGCUUUGAGUUGUGUGACUUCCUCGGUUUUGGCAGCCACCAGAUGUGACAGCAUGACCCUCACUUUGGGUCCAUGGCUAGGGUUGCCUGCUGUGCCUGCUGUCACGCUUUACAGGCAUGAGGACCCAGCCUUAGCUCUUGCCACAGGUUUGGCUUCCACUCAAGUAGCGGAGAAGCUCCGUGCCCUUCCUCUUUGGAUGUCAUUACAGAAUCUUGGUCAUGACAGGAUAGUCAAGAGGAUUAAACAUGCCUUGAGGCUCAGUGAACGGCUCCUGGAACAUCUAAAGAAGAUGACUUCCAUAAAAACUCCAGAUGACCUUGACAGGCAGAUGUCUCUUCUCGAGGCUUUGAACAUGGUGGAGGAUGAGGUAAAUUCUCCGAUAGUGCUGUUCAAGUUCUCCCAGGAGACCAGUCCGGAGAGUCCAGAGUCCAACGGAGACUCUCUUGAUGAAUAUUCCGAAGGUGAGAUUGAAUUUCAGGACACCCUCAACAGAUGGCUUGGUGAACAGUUGGCCCAGCAGGUGCCAUCCAGUGGGGUGGACCUAGUGCAUCUGGAGGACGAGGGCAGCUGUGUCCGCUUCAACCCCCUUAUGACUUCUGCAUUACUAGGUACGCAAGAUGGUGACGUGGAUGCUCUUAUGGAGAGGAUAGGUGAGAUGGUGCCUCUUCUGAGCUUGACCAUGUGCCUCAGACACGAAUUUAGGGAAGAGGUGUCCAACCACAGCAACCUUACCUAUGUGGAGGACCUGAACUGGCCAGGAUUGGGAGGCAUUAGGUACAAUCCUACCUGCAAAGACCCUGAUGAGAGUAAGAGGCAGCUGCUGCAGGAGAAGAUCAACGGCGAUCUUCUGAAGAAUCUACAACAGCUAGAAACAGAAGUGGAAUUCUCCACCGGUCCUGAGUUUAGUCCAGAAAAAAGCUGCAUAUUUAUUGGCAUGGCGACAGAGAACCUUGAUGUGGCCAAGCUGGUAGAUGCCAUUGCUGCCAUGGGAAGAGACAUUGAGGAAGGUAGUAAGCUGCUGGACAAUAUGACAGAGACGGUGCAGAGAGGAAUCCAGGAGGCUGAACGUCAGCUCCAGAAAGCUAAUGAAGAGAAGAUUAUGAAGGAGGGUGUACUACGGCAGAUUCCAGUGGUAGGCUCCGUCCUUAACUGGUUCUCUCCUGUCCAAAGUUCUGUCAAUGGCAAGACAUUCAAUUUGGUUGCAGGCUCAUUAGACUCAACAGAAUCUAUAUACUCCAUGAAAACCCAGCCUGUAAAAGAGACAGAUCUCACCCCAGUCUUCAAUAUUACCAAGCAAUCAGAUGGGAAGAAGCUGUUCCACCGCUCACCUGCAUCCUCUGAAUCGCUCAGUGUGGCCAGUUCUGUGAGCCAGCCAGGUGAUGUUGAAACGGUACAUUUUCAGGUUCCUGUUGCUCAAGUGUACUCCACCGAAACCACUGAAGACCUACCCAGCAGGCCCUGCAGGCCCUCUCAUUCUUCAGAGGACUCACUGGCAGAGGAGGUGGAGAACUAAAGUGGGGCUGGGUGGGAGGAACUGAAGGGCUGCCAAAUGCAGCAGGAAGACCCUUUAAAAUUGGGCACUGCGAGUUGGGGGGGGGGGUCAAUUACUUUGUCACAGCUUGGCAUAGCAGCAAAGUUCGAGCCUUCUGAAGUGGCUUUUCCGCAGGCAUCGAGGUAGCGCAAGUGUGUGUAUAUGAUUUUCUCACCUAACGUAUGUAAUAAGGACAAAUAGAUGAAAUAGCAUUUUAUCGAGCAAAUGAAAAAUGGGAAUCCUAUAAAAUGAAAGCAGAAGCAACAUGCAGCAGCUAGAGGACAAACUUUUAUACACAUUAUACCUUUUAGUUAUUAAAAUUGCAUUGUAUGUUACAUUAGUUGAAAUAAUCUUUUUGCUGAAGGGUCAGAAGAAUGGCUCAGGGAAAAAAAAAAAAAAUCUGGGCAUCUGGGAAAAGAGAGAAAAUUUUGGAAGUCUCGGCAGCGAGCCGCACAUGUUUUUGUCGUUAUUUGUACAUGCAUACAUGUUACAGUUUUGUUAUACAUUAUGCUGUAUUGGUGGGUGAUGUGUGCCAUGUGAGAAACAGGGCUACUUCUAUGUUCAGGACACUUACUUGACUGUUAAAAUUACUUCAUUCACUUAGAAAUGUACAUACUGCUGGUCAUGGCCUCCAAACAUACUGUUAAAGAUGACUGUUGGGAAAAAUGACAAAAAAAUUCCACAAUGCACUUUCCUGAUGUUACGUUGUUACAGUAGUAUAUUAACGUUAGUAUUAUGAUGAUCAUUAUUACCACUAUGGACAGGGAAUUGUCUCAUGUUUAAGAAACUGAAUGUAGUAUAAAAAUGGUUAAUCUUAUAGAUCUGGUUUUACAUUUUUUACACGUUUUGACCAAACUUGAAUAAGUGUACACCCUUCUUAACAGGUCAAAAAAGCAUAAUGGUGGCACAGUGGUGCAGCAGGUGGUGUGGGUGCCUUACAGAGCCUUAACUGUGCCGUCAGAUGUGGGUUUGAUCCCUGCUCGGUCUGUGUGGAGUUUGCAUGGGUUUCGGGCCACAGUCUAAAGAUGUGUUUCAUGUGGAUUGCUGAUUCUAAAUUAUAAAUGUGUAGGGCCACCCUGCGAUGUACUCUGCCGUGGCUGGUUCCUGUGCUUCCAGGAUAGGCCCUGGACUGCCAUGACCCAGCAAAAGAGACAUUAUCUAUUCAUGGAUAACGAAUGAAUAGAAAGAGUAGAUGUUUGAAUAUUUUUAACUCACUGUAAGAAAUCACAAUUGAAGAAUUCCGUCACAAAGUCAGAUUUGAAUUUAGUUGAACUCUUGUUUUAUACCCUUCCGUAUUAAUCGUUUCCUUCUGGCAUUUUCUGAUUUUUCUCCCAAAAUUGAAAUAUUGGUACAGCUGAUUGAUAACAGAUACAGCUAUGAUUCCAAGUCAAAUAUAAUAUACAUAUGUAAAUCUACAAGUUUAAUUUUAGGUUUACUCAUUUUCAUUAAAAAAAAAUGCAUGUAGUGCCAAGACAUUUUAGAAAUUUCAGUUAGAAUGUAGGGAUUUCCCAUGCUCUUUUUAUUUAAUUAUAUAAAUGAACCAUUUAGCAGGAACAGGAAGUAAUUUUAGCAUUUUAGUUUCUGCAAUAUAGCCAAUGUUGCACUAAUAUGACCAGAUUUUUAUUACAAUGAGGACUUUAAUUUCUUCGUAUAGACUGUUAUUGCUGUU